AUGUAUCUCCGAUUACCUUCAAAGGUUCUUGAGCGUAUCCUCUUCUUCAUCGACUCCAACGAUGACAGAAACUCUGUUUCUCUGGUAUGCAAGUCAUGGUUCGAGACAGAGCGGCUCACGAGGAAACGUGUCUUCGUCGGGAACUGUUACGCGGUUACACCCGCGGCGGUUGUACGGCGGUUCCCGAAGAUGAGAUCUUUGACUCUGAAAGGGAAGCCGCACUUCGCCGACUACAAUCUGGUUCCUGACGGUUGGGGUGGUUACGCUUGGCCUUGGAUCGAAGCCUUGGCGGCGAAGAACCCUUUGCUUGAAGAGAUCAGGUUGAAGAGAAUGGUGGUGACUGACGAGUGCUUGGAGAUGAUCGCUGCUUCGUUCAAGAACUUCAAGUCGCUCGUCUUGACUUCUUGUGAAGGUUUCUCUACUGAUGGCAUCGCCGCCAUUGCAUCAACUUGCAGAAGCCUUAGAGAGCUGGAGCUAAGAGAGUGCAUAGUUGAUGAUCUAGGAGGAGACUGGCUUAGCUAUUUCCCAGAGACUUCAACGUCUCUGGUCUCUCUUGACUUCUCUUGUUUAGACUCUGAGGUGAAGUUCUCUGACUUGGAGCGUUUAGUGAGCAGAUGCCGUAACCUCAAGUCACUGAAGCUGAACCGAGCCGUGACUCUAGACGGGCUCGAGAGCUUGCUUCGUCGAGCUCCGCAGCUGACUGAGCUCGGCACAGGUUCUUUCUCAGACGAGUUGUCACCAGAAGCGUUGUCAAAGCUAUCAAAAGCUAUUUCAGCGUGUAAGCAACUUAAGAGCUUAUCUGGUCUUUGGGAUGUCCUCCCUGAGUAUCUUCCUGCUCUUUACUCUGUUUGUCCUGGUCUUACCUCGUUGAACUUGAGCUACGCUACUGUUCGAAUGACUGAUCUUGUCGAUCUUCUUAGACGCUGCAAGAAGUUGCAGAAGCUAUGGGUAAUGGACUUGAUAGAGGACAAAGGUCUUCAAGCUGUUGCUACGUGUUGUAAGGAACUGCGAGAGCUGAGGGUGUUUCCAUCUGAACCAGAUCUCGAAGAACCAAACGUGGCUCUCACGGAACAAGGCUUGGUCUUUAUCUCUGAAGGCUGUCAAAAGCUUGAAUCUGUUCUCUACUUCUGUGUCCAGUUCACAAACGCAGCUUUGAUCACCAUAGCAAGAAACCGUCCGAGCAUCAAGCGUUUCCGUCUCUGUGUGAUAGAGCCGUUUGCUCCUGAUUACAAAACACAAGAGCCGCUUGAUCAAGGAUUCAAAGCCAUAGCUAUGGGGUGCAAGGAUCUUCAACGGCUCUCUGUCUCCGGUCUCCUCACCGACAAGGCCUUUGAGUACAUUGGGAAACAUGCCAAGAACCUUGGGAUGCUGUCAAUAGCGUUUGCUGGGGACAGUGAUCUGAUGCUUCAUCACUUGUUGUCAGGCUGCAAGAAGCUAAGGAAGCUUGAGAUAAGAGAUUGCCCUUUUGGUGACACUGCGCUACUGGAGAACGCUUGGAAACUGGAAACCAUGCGAUCCCUUUGGAUGUCUUCAUGCUUUGUAAGCUUUGGUGCUUGCAAGCUUCUGAGUCAGAAAAUGCCAAGGCUCAAUGUGGAAGUCAUUGAUGAAAUGUAUCCUCCAGAGACAAGACCUGAGAGCUCUCCAGUUGAGAGGAUAUACAUUUACAGAACACUCGCGGGACCGAGACUGGAUAUGCCUGAGUUUGUGUGGACAAUACACAAGAAUCCUGAGAUUGGAGUUUCACAUCUAGCCAUAAAGUAA